AUGGCGGAGAAUCAAGAACAACUGAAGCCAAAGGAGAGGCAAAUCCCGGUUUUCACAGUCAUAAAGAACGACUGCAUACUGAAGAAUAUCUUCGUUUUGGAUAAUCCUCCUCCGAUUUCUUCAUCUUCUUCGGGGGAAAUUUCCGGUCAGAAAUCGGAAAUUGAAGAGGUAUUGCUGGUGGGGAGGCACCCCGAUUGCAAUAUCAAGCUAGAGCACCCGAGUAUCAGCAGAUUCCAUCUCCGCAUUCACUCGAAGCCUGAUUCUCGAUCUCUUUUCGUCACCGAUUUAUCAUCGAUCCAUGGGACUUGCAUUUCUGGGAAAAGAAUCGAGCCGGGGGUCACAAUGGAGCUAGUUCCAGGCGACACGCUGAAGCUCGGGGAGUCAAGUAGAUUGUACAGACUUGACUGGGUUCCGAUCAGCUUUGCUUAUGAGGUAAACGACCCGUUUGUACCUCAGCUGGAUGCGUUGGACAUUGUCGAUGAAGACACACAAGGAGCAGAUCAGGCAGCUUAA